AUGGCCCGACAAUUCUGCAAGCACAUACACGAUUGGCGCAAACAAUUCGCAAUUUUCAACUCUGCAUGCUCACGGUUCUAUGCCCCGAGCGACUUAAGUGGGAUCGGUGGCAUGCGGAUUGAGCAUAUUCGUGCUUGCCCCAUGUGGCGGAACGAGGCCCCUCGUUAUGACUGCGUUUUCGUUAACGUUGGGUCGGAAGAUGUGGGCAUUCGAGGACUUGAAGUUGCGAGGAUUCGUGCCUUCUUCUCGUUCAAUUACGGAGGAACGACAUACCCGUGCGCCGUUUUGCGCUGGUUCGAUAUCAUUGGAGACUCGCCCGACGAAGAUACGGGCAUGUGGAUGGUGCGUCCAGCCUGCGGUGCUAACAAUGCAGCUAUCUACAAUAUCAUACACGUGGAUACAAUCUACCGUGCAGCUCACCUUAUUCCUGUCUACGGCAGACGUUUUCUUCGCCGCGAUAUUACCCUACACAAUUCAUACGACACAUUUCGGACUUUCUACGUGAAUAAAUAUGCUGAUCAUCACUCUUUUGAGCUCGCAUCAUAGUCAUUUUCGUCGGUUUUACACAUUGUAUCUAAUUAACUACGUUUUCAAGCCUUGAUUGUUUUUUUCCUCUUGUGUGACUUGAACGGCUUGAACCAAGUAAGUCUUUGGUCGCCUUGUCACACCUUUGUGCACAUUUGCAAAGUUGCGUGAAAACUCAAGCGCAAAAAAGCCGCUGAAAGUCAAAAAAGGGAUCCUGGGUUUUGC